UAUCUGAUCCUUUUCAACAACCAUGCUCAGAAGCGGGAUCACAUCGUCCGGGUGGAUCUCGAUCUUGGUACGGUUAUACGCCAGGUUGUGGCCCGUAAACGCCUGCUGUCCGUUAAACUCUCCUACGAGGGUGCUGACAGUUUUCAGCCGCUGCUGCAUCAAUUAGAGCCCUCCCCGAAUCAGAUCUAUUUGGCUUCACCUUAUCCCUAUCUACACGAACAAGCUCAGAAGAAUCCGUUGCCUAACGGCCUAGAGAGCUCCCAAAUGCGUCUACUUUUUAACCCCAAAACUGGCUUUUUGAUGUCAAUGACGAAUUUGGUCAGUGGUAUUGACCAUAUGCUGUCCAUCUCCUUCAAUAUGUUCAAAUCGAAGCAGACUCGGGAAAUGUCUGGGGCUUACCUUUUCAUACCAGAACUUCCGAGUGUGCCGCUGCCCCUGACUUCAGAACCGAGGGUUCGUGUGGUCUCGGGUUCCGUUGUGGACGAGGUGGCCGUCUACCACGAAAACCUUGUGCACACUGUUCGUAUCUACAAAAUAGGUGAGCCCGGCCGGCUGGCUAUUGAGGUGGAGAACAUCCUGAAUCUCACUCACCCGUACAACAACAAUGAAGUCGUAAUGACUCUAACUACGGACAUCAAAAACACAAAUAGGGCCUUCUUCACGGACUCCAACUGUCUUCAGGUGCACACUUUAGGUGGUUUUUUGCCGCUUCUUCGACUGAUAUUUCUUGGCCCCAAGGCUGUUUUUUGCUCCCGCCCACUUCCCCCUCCCCCUCCUAAUAAAAAUCAUCAAACAAUGCCCAACUAA